UAAGAACUAUCCGCUUGGAAAACACCCGCUUGCCCAAUACAGAUUUUCACACGGGUGCAAAUCUAGACGGUGAGAUCUUCAGUAGGCGACAUGCUUGUCCAGCUGAAACUUCUGUUCACGACUCGAUGUAGACCGCUUUAUUGCUCCCUGUAGAGAUUUCUGACAGACUAUGAUGAAGCUCGUGAGUGUUAUUGUUGGGCUCUUGCUGCUGUUGUGCUCCAUCACCAGCUGGGGUAAGAAGAUGCGCUGGUGUGCAGUAUCAGAGGCGGAGCAGAAGAAGUGUGCAGAACUGGCCAAAGCUCUGGUCGCUGUCCUUCCACCUGCAGCCGUCACUGCCUUCGCUCGUCUAUCGUGUGUGAAAGCUUACAGCACUGCAGACUGCAUUAAUAAGAUACGGGAUAAUAAAGCUGACCUGGUGACCCUGGAUGCCGGAGAGGUUUAUUCUGCUGUCAAACAGUUUGGGCUCACAGUAGUUGCAAAGGAAAUCUACAGAGAUGGUGGCUGUAUUCUUGCAGUUGCUGUGGUCAGGAACAGCAGUUCUUUAGACAUGCGCUCUCUGCAAGGCAGUAGGAGUUGUCACAGUGGAGCUCGCUGGACUGCAGGCUGGAGUCUCCCUUUAGGACACUUACUGUCUCGAAACCUCCUGCCCUGGGCUGAGGAUGAGCCCCUCAGUCAGGCGGUCAGUGCUUUCUUCAAUGCCAGCUGUGUUCCUGGAGCAACUACAAUGGCAGCAAACCUUUGUUCCUUAUGCAAAGGCCAAAGGUCUUACAUUCGUCAGAAGAACUUCCACUGUGAGACAUCUCACAGCGAACCAUUCUACCACAACCAAGGAGCACUCAGAUGUUUGCUGUCAGGAGCUGGAGAUAUUGCUUUUGUGGAUCACACAGCCCUGGUUGGCAUUGAUGAGAGUGCGAAGGAUGAGCUGCGUCUGCUGUGUACAGAUGGGUCUCUGGCUCCGCUCGGCAGCUUUAGGACAUGUAAUCUUGGACGAGGUCCUGGAGGCGGUGUGGUCACACGGAUGAACAUAAGGAAAAUCGCUCGCAAGUUCUUGGUUGCUGCCCAGAUGUCUUUUGGUUGGAGGGGAAGGGAGCGUCGGCGUUUCCAGCUGUUUGAAUCUGCAUCCUAUGGUGGGAGUGAUCUUCUCUUCAGAGAUGUGACGGAGAAAUUAUCUGUUCUGAUGGAGGAUAUGGAUAUGAGCCAGGUUCUGGGACUCGACUAUGUGGCCUUGCUCAAGGGUCUUGGACAUGAAGGUAGUUCGCUGGAGGACAGUGUGGUGAGGUGGUGCUGUAUAAGUCACGCCGAACAGAAGAAAUGUGAGCAGUGGGCGCUUAGUAUAAAAUCAGACCCACUGGUGUGUGUAAAAGCUUCAUCUAUGAGUGACUGCAUUGAGAAGAUUAAGAGGGAUGAAGUGGAUGCCGUGUCUCUGGACGCCACUCAUGCUUUUAUAGCUGGGAAAUGCGGCCUUGUCCCUGUUGUGACUGAAUAUUAUGGAGAGAAAUGUGAGAUUUCUGCAGGAGCUGGAGGCCAUUUUGAAAGUGAUGAAUUGCCGUCUGUGUACGGUGUGGCAGUUGUGCGUCGGUCAAGCAAGAGUUUAUUUUUUGGAAGUCUGGCUGACAGACGCUCCUGCCACGGUCACAUGUACAGUCCUGCAGGCUGGGUUUUACCUGUAAGACACACACUCAGCACAGAACGCAACAACAGCGCCCCCUGUGACCCUAAUGGAGUGUACUCUGAGGUGUUUUGGAAAGGCUGUUUGCCUGGAGGUCAGGGUAAUCUGUGUAAGGUGUGUAUGGGUGGAACUGAGGAAGCUGCCACCAAACGAUGUGCUGACAACCAUAAUGAGCGCUACUAUGGCAAUAUGGGUGCAUUAAGGUGCUUGGUUGGAGACCCAACUGGGAAGAGUUUUGGAGAUGUGGCCUUUAUGGAGCACCACAAUCUAGAAAGCAACAUUGAACGUCUAAAAACCAGUGGCUGGGCAGAAGGUUGGCUCACUUGGGACUUUGAGUUACUCUGCAGUGAUGGCAGUCGGGCUCCUCUGACACAAUGGAAGAGCUGUAAUUUAGGCGCAGUGCCUCCAAAUAUUGUUAUGACACGUCCUGUUCUUACUGCUCGCAUUUAUGACCUCCUAAUGAAGUCACAGGAAACCACAGAGGCCCGUCCUGAUUCUGGGUUUCAUCUGUUUGAGUCUCAGCAGUACGGAGAGAGUGAUCUGCUUUUUAAAGAUGCUACAAAGUGUCUCGUUCACACCAGUCACAUGGACUACCGGACCAUACUGGGAAAUGAGUUCUGCACACAGGCGGAGAGCAUCUUCAACUGCACACACUCCAAUAUCUUACAGUUCUGCGAUCAAGAUGUGUGCAGCAUAUUCUAGACCACCUAGAUGAAAUAGCAUAUGACUGUUAAAAAGAAGCAUGGGUCAUGUUUUGUAUUUUUUUUAUAUCUCUCAUGACGUACAAUAAAAUAUUAUUUGAUGAUAUAUGUAUUUUA